CAAAUCUCUGAUCUUGCCCUCAUUCGUAAGCGGUUGAUUGUGGGGGAAAGUACACCAACAGUGGCUGUUUGCUAAUUUGCACCUAGUCUUAGUUUAGUCUUGUGGCAUCACUUUACAAGAAGAGAUUUUUGUUCAAUCUUGUAACUCUGCUGUAGAAUUGUAAUCAGCUAUGGACCUUCAAGAAGUGAUGAACACCACCAUACAUCCAUCUUGUUUAAAGGAACCCCCACUCGCUUUUGAUGUCAUAAAGCAGCUGGAUGUUUUUGGGCUGGCCCUGUACUCCAUGCUGACCCUCAUGUCUACUGUAUCCUUGGGCCUGUACCUGGAGGAGUGUGUGUUCAUAUACAGAAAGAUCCCCUAUCCUAAAAAGACAACCGUCAUCUGGGUCAAUGGUGCUGCGCCGGUCAUAGCAACUAUGUCUUGUUUUGGAAUGUGGAUCCCAAAAGCUGUCAUGUUCACAGAUAUGGUCUCUAAUUGUUACUUUGCUGUGGUGGUUUAUAAGUUUCUGGUACUUCUGAUUGAAGAGUGCGGGGGUAGUGAGGCCUUCCUCAGACGGUGUGAGACGAACACCUUCAAGAUCAGCACGGGACCCUGCUGCUGCUGCUGCCCCUGCCUGCCACACGUGGCUGUCACACGGAGAAUGCUAUUCUUGCUAAAACUAGGAUCUCUGCAGUACGCCAUCCUAAAGACAAUCCUUUCAGUCCUGUCUGUAAUAUUGUGGACCAAUGGGAAUUUCGAUCAAUCCGAUCUGGAGAUCACUAGCACAGCUAUCUGGAUAAACCCGUUUGUGGGUGUUCUCACAAUUACUGCCCUCUGGCCUGUUGCCAUAAUGUUCAUGAACGUGUGCAACACACUGCGCAUCUUGAAGAUCAUCCCUAAGUAUGCGAUGUACCAGCUGGUGCUAGUGCUCAGUCAGCUGCAGACAUCCAUUAUCAACAUCUUGGCUUUGGACGGAACAAUUGCCUGUGCUCCCCCUUUCGCUUCUCAAGCCCGUGCAUCCAUGUUAAGUCAACAGCUGAUGAUCAUGGAAAUGUUUAUUGUGACAUUGGUGACUCGAAUAUUGUACCGCCGCACCUACGACCCGCUGCCGACUGACCCCCAUGAGACUGACAAUGACCUGAAUUCUAAGAAGAGUCUGCAGCGUAUCUUGAGCCCUACACAGCAUGCUGUGUGCUGAUACCUCACUUUCAGGCAAACAUGUACUGUGACAUUUCCUGUAGUAUUUUUAUGACAUCAUAAAAUGUAACAUAUUGUUCUGAAAUGGUCCCCUAAAAUGUUGUGGCCUAUGUGCUAAUGAUUGUCAAGCAGGGUUAUUAUGUGUUUGUAUGUUAUGUUAGGUCUAUGCCCUAUGAUUAAACAGUGCACAACCAUUUCAUGUGCAAACAUUGACUGAUAAUCUUUUGUCUGUCUCUCUGCUACUUCAACAAGACAAUUUCUCUGUCACUGAUCAGUAAAGUGUUAUCUAUCAAGCAUAAGGAUUGUCAAGAUGACAGGGUGACUGUCCUCCUCUCCUAUCUCUCCUCCUCCUCUCCUCUCUCCUC